UUUAUUCAUUCUUAGUUUAUGUUAAUAAUCACAAUGGUUUGGUUAAUGAAAGUUUUUGUCUUUGUGACAUUAGUCUCUUUAGUGUUUGUAAUAACAGAAUCAGCUCCUGAAUCUGCUCUUAUUACCAAACUUCCUGGCUUCGAAGGCACUUUUCCUUCAAAACAUUACUCCGGGUAUGUGACUAUUGAUAAGGAUCAUGGAAAGAAUCUGUGGUAUUACUUUGUUGAAUCGGAGAAGGAUCCAUCGAAAGAUCCGGUCGUACUUUGGCUCAAUGGUGGUCCAGGUUGUUCAAGCAUGGAUGGAUUCGUGUAUGAGCAUGGUCCAUUCAAUUUUGAACUACCAAAGAAAAACAAUAGUCUCCCACUCUUGCAUCUUAAUCCUUAUAGUUGGUCCAAGGUCUCUAACAUCAUAUACCUUGAUUCUCCUGUUGGUGUGGGAUUCUCUUACUCAAACAACAUUUCUGAUUACAUAACUGGUGAUACUAAAACCGCGGUUGACUCUCACGCGUUCCUUCUCAAGUGGUUCCAAAUGUUUCCUGAGUUUCAAUCAAAUCCAUUUUUCAUCUCUGGAGAAUCUUACGCCGGAGUUUAUGUCCCAACUCUUGCUUCAGAAGUUGUCAAAGGGAACAAAAAUGGGGUAAAGCCGUCUCUCAACUUCAAGGGAUAUUUGGUUGGCAAUGGAGUUGCGGAUCCAAAGUUUGAUGGAAAUGCUUUUGUGCCGUUUGCACACGGGAUGGGACUAAUCUCUGAUGAACUCUUUGAGAACGUUACAAAAGCUUGCCAUGGAAAUUUCUAUGAAAUAGAGGGACUUGAGUGCGAGGAACAGUAUACGAAAGUUUCUGAUGAUACUGAAAGGUUGAACAUAUACAACAUUCUUGAGCCUUGUUACCACGGAACAUCGCUAUCUGCUUUCGACAUUAGAUCACUACCUUCAAGUCUCCUUGAGCUAGGUAAAACCGAACGACCGUUAGCUAUAAGAAAAAGAAUGUUUGGUCGAGCGUGGCCAGUUCGUGCUCCUGUUCGUCCAGGCAUUGUUCCUAGCUGGUCUCAACUUCUUGCUGACGUCUCUGUUCCUUGCAUUGAUGAUAGAGUUGCAACAGCGUGGCUGAACGAUCCAGCGAUUAGGAAAGCUAUUCAUACUAAAGAGGAGAAGGAGAUUGGAAGGUGGGAACUUUGCAGUGGAAAACUCUCGUUCGAUCACGAUGCAGGAAGCAUGAUCAAAUUCCAUAGAAACCUUACUCUAAGUGGAUAUAGAGCUCUUAUUUACAGCGGGGAUCACGAUAUGUGUGUUCCGUUUACUGGCUCUGAAGCUUGGACAAAAUCUCUUGGAUACAAAGUGAUUGAUGAAUGGAGGGCAUGGAUAUCAAACGACCAAGUCGCGGGGUAUACGCAAGGAUAUGCAAACAAUCUCACAUUUUUAACCAUCAAGGGUGCAGGACAUACGGUUCCUGAGUACAAACCGCGGGAGGCUUUAGACUUCUAUAGCCGAUUUCUAGCAGGAAGCAAGAUUUAAGAGACCUGUGUCAUGAAUUUCAUAUUCUGUGUUGUAUUUAAAAGUGAUCAUCUUAUAGUAUCUUGAUUAAUUUGAAUAAGAAAGAUAUGUUCUUUAGCUCAUUCUUUAUCAUAAAACUUCAUGUAUUCCUCUAUACUUAUAGCAGAAUGCUUGCUGUUUCUACUUCCUACGUUUGAGCUGUGUGCCGUUCACCACAUUAAAAGAAGUUUGAAAAU